UAAUACGUAUUUAACGGGUGCAAACUCUAUUGUGAAAAUCCUGUUUGAAAUAAGUCAUUCUCCAUUUAAAGAAAACCACUGGGACAGAGAAGUCGUUUAUAUUAUCUGUUAGUUUAAAAUUAUCAAGCGAUGUUAGGAGCUAUUGGUUCCGUUUUUGGAUCCGUAGCCAAAUUAACCGGAAUAAACGCACCCCAAGAUGACGACUUUGUUGACAGGUUAAAUCACGUGAUCACGGUUUCGAUAUUUAGCUUAUUCGCCAUAUUUGUGACAACAAGACAAUUUGCUGGUGAUCCAAUCAACUGUUGGUUGAGCGACGAAUACAAAGACUCACAUAAAAGUUACAUACACAGUUAUUGCUGGAUACAGAACACGUAUAAAGUCAGUUGGGAUGGAAUUAUACCACAAGAUGAGAAAGAACGUCAGAUGACCAGCAUUAAAUAUUAUCAAUGGGUUCCUGUCAUACUUAUGUUCCAGAUUCUACUAUUCAAACUACCCAACGUCUUCUGGAAAGUUCUUAAUGAACUAUCGGGAAUAAAUAUCGAAAAGAUUGGUCAGCUAGCGGAAAAUACUCAGAUCGGGGAUAUGGAAUCGAGGGAUACCGAAAUCAAAAACCUAGCAACGUGCAUCUCACGAUGGCUGAUCUACAAACGAGAGCAUCGUUACAACGUUUUUUCACGCCUGCGCAGUAAGAUAAGUCGGUUUAGCGUCAUCUUAUUUUUUCUUGGACUCAGGAACGGAACCUACCUUGUUGGAUUAUACAUGUUUACCAAACUACUUUAUUUUGUUAAUGUCGUGGCUCAGUUUUAUAUGUUAAACACAUUUUUAUCGGACGAUUUUAGUAUGUAUGGCAUUGAAGUUAUCCGCCACUUGCGAGAUGUGGGAGAAAUCAAAGAUUCCGAAUUCUUUCCAAAAAUCACAUUCUGUGACUUUUAUGUUAGGCAAAUGACAAAUGUGCAGCCCCACACAACCCAGUGUGUUCUUCCUAUAAAUCUGUUUACCGAAAAGAUCUAUAUAUUUAUUUGGUUUUGGAUGUUUUUCCUCGCCAUGGCGAAUGGUUACAGUUUUCUUCGCUGGCUAUACAAAGUUGUUUUUAGAAAAAAUCGAAAGGAUUACGUUGAAAAAUAUCUCUCCGCGUGCAUUGACGUUUCACAACAUGAAGCUCAAGUAUCACAAUUUAUUGACGUCUUUUUACGAGACGAUGGUGUCUUUUUAUUGCGCGUGGUAUGCAACAAUUCUACGCCCCUGGUCAUGAUGGAUCUUAUUAAAGAGUUAUGGGCCUUGUUUGUAGCCAGUAACUUUUGCAAAAAGGAUGAAUUAACCAAACCCCUGUAUCCUAAUAUUCAAGAAAACCCCAUAGACACAAUUGGUGCAUUACCCCUUAAGGAACAACUUCACUGAUAGUAAAACCUUUUGACCUGUUCCAGAUGUGAUAUCGCAGACAAACACUGCAAUAUCCACGCUUGGAAAAUAAAGCAUAAUGAAGGUAUGAGGUCACGUAUGCCCAGUUUGUAUAGACUAUUCACAAAUGUGUUGCAAUACCCCCACCCCUAAAAAUAAUUGUACCUGAAAACAUGUUGUUACUCUUCUAGUACUAGGCAUAGUGAUGACAAAUGUUCAUUUCAUUAGUCAGAUUAUUGACUGUAAAGAGGCAUUAUAACUGGGACCAAGAAAAUAAAAAAUAAUUUAAUGUAAACAAUAUCAUAUUUAGUGAACUAUUUAGAGUAGUUGUUAACUCAUUAAACACCACCAAAACUUGAUACAACAGUCCCUUAAUUAAAGGUUGAAACGUCGGUAUAUCAGCGAUGGUUUGACAUAUUUAUCUCAAAUUAUGCAUACAACAAUUUUACUCCGAACACCCCAAAUGUAACUAGUCAAAUCAUGUCAAACUUAACAUUAUUUUGGAAGGUGUAAAAAGCGCCAAUGUCCUUUUAAAGAUGAGCGAAAGUAGUCCCAAAGAAUUAUAAUUUGUUAACUGUUAUAUUUACUAUCUGGGUUACUCCACAACCUUUAAGAAUAUUAUCUCUUGUGAUUUUCUUUAUAAAAUUUUGUUUGACAAUUGGUAAAUAAGGGUGUAUUUGAUUGAACCAAAUCCGGGUGGCGCCGCAUCCGGGUUCGUAUAUAUUCGGUCAAACUUGUAAUGAUAUCGUUGAUUCUUCAUUGUAUGAAUUCAUGUAACAAUAGGAUAUCAAAUAUCACUACUCUUAAACAAUGAUUCUUGAUUGUAAUUAUAAAUCCAGAUUGGGAUUCUCACGCAAUACGACCAUCUUGUUAUUGUAUUAUUUUUAGCUACAUGUACUAACAGGAUGACUAGUCAUUUUAAACGGAUAUAUCCACCCAAUUUAAUCUCCAUUUUAUAUUCAAAAGAAAGAUUUACAUGAAAUUUUAAAGAUUCUUUCCGCGUUAUAUCCCACCAUAAGUCCUAAUAAUUUCAUAUAUAUAGUAUUCUGUUGUAUUGGUUUUUGGCCCGAUAUUAACAUACACAUCAAAGAAAAAUAAUCAGUUUUUGUAUGCAUUUUUAUAUACUUUAUAGACUUAUUUUUUAUAUCUAUAUACACAUACUUGUCUAUCAAAAGUAUUAUUAUUGUUGUUUAUAUGUUUGUUAUUAAAUUUUAAUAUGUAAAAA